AUUGGGGUGGCGGGAGAGCCGCCCCACCCCUCGGUGGGCGCUUCCCAGCUCCGCUUGGGUCGGGAGGAAAAACUGCGCUGGCCUCGCUUUUCUCAUGGCCGCAGCCGCCUGCGGCAUCAAGGCCAUGUCCCUCUUCAAGCGGACCUUGGUGCUGAGCCCCACCGCUGCGCCCAGGGUCACGAGCACUGGCAUCUCCCCGCGAGGCUGCUCACUGCCUCCCGCCACCUGGCCCUCCAAGGACUGGCCGCGGGGAGAGGGCGUCUGCCGUAGGCUGUGGAGCCCGACGGCUGCCGGCCAUUUGCCCCAAUCCCACUCUUGCUCCUCUACGUCUCCCACCUCCGCGUGUCUUCUCUGCCCUCAGGAUUCGCUCAGCAGCAGCUUGAAAACUUGUUACAAGUAUCUGCGUCAGACUAGUCGCAGUUUCGCAGCUGUUAUCCAGGCGCUGGAUGGGGAAAUGCGCAAUGCAGUAUGCAUAUUUUAUCUGGUUCUCCGAGCUCUGGACACUCUGGAAGAUGACAUGACCAUCAAUCUAGAAGUAAAGGUCCCAAUGUUACAAAACUUUCACUCUUACCUUUAUGAACCCAACUGGUGCUUCAUGGAGAGCAAAGAGAGGGAUCGACAAGUGCUGGAGGAUUUCCCAACGAUCUCCUUUGAGUUUAGAAAUCUGGCCGAGAAAUAUCAAACAGUGAUUGCUGACAUUUGCCGAAAAAUGGGAUGUGGGAUGGCGGAGUUUUUGGUUAAGCAAGUGACAUCUGAACAGGAAUGGGACCAGUACUGUCACUAUGUUGCUGGGCUGGUAGGCAUUGGCCUUUCCCGACUGUUCUCAGCCUCAGAGUUAGAAGACCCCUUAGUUGGUGAAGACACAGAGCGUGCCAACUCUAUGGGCCUGUUUCUGCAGAAAACAAACAUCAUUCGUGAUUAUCUGGAAGAUCAGCAAGAAGGAAGAGAGUUUUGGCCUCAAGAGAUUUGGAGCAAGUAUGUUAAGAAGUUGAGUGAUUUUACUAAGCCAGAGAAUAUUGACUUAGCUGUGCAGUGUCUGAAUGAACUUAUAACCAGUGCACUACACCACAUCCCAGAUGUCAUCACCUACCUAUCCAGACUUAGAAACCAAAGUGUGUUUAACUUCUGCGCUAUUCCACAGGUAAUGGCCAUUGCUACUUUGGCUGCCUGUUAUAAUAAUCAGCAGGUGUUCAAAGGAGUAGUGAAGAUUCGAAAAGGACAAGCGGUAACCCUAAUGAUGGAUGCCACCAACAUGCCAGCUGUCAAAGCUAUAAUACACCAGUAUAUAGAAGAGAUUUAUCAUAGAAUCCCCGACUCAGACUCAUCUUCCGAUAAAACAAGGCAGAUCAUCUCCACAAUCAGGACACAGAAGCUUCCCAGUUGUCAGCUGAUCUCUGAGCGAAGCCACUACUCCCCCAUUUACCUGUCGUUUGUCAUGCUCUUGGCUGCCCUGAGCUGGCAGUAUCUGAGCACUCUGUCCCAGGCCACAGAAGACUAUGUUCAAACUGGAGAACACUGAUUUGGAAUGGCCCGGAAGCUGAAGCUCACCAUUAUGUGGACCGACCUAUUUUUCAAGGAUGAAUAUUGGCUUCACCUUUUUUUUCUCUCCUGCUUUAAUCCUAAAAGAACUCUGUGGGCUUGGAUUUUGAGAAACUGUGACAUGCAGCUGAGAAGAAGAUAAUAAAGGCAGAUGAUACCUCCCCCUCAGGAUCUGGUCCUUGAAGGUGGUGCUCGCUUCUGCACAUGGUGACCCACGGCAGAGCAUGCAAGUUAGGGGAAAUGGCUGCAUGUGGGACUGCUGAGAAGUCUUAUUUAGUGUAAAUCCUGGCUAGAAUUAUAAUUAAACAUAUUUAAUUUGAAGCAACCUUUGAAUACCUAUCCUAGUAGAAACAUGAAGUGAA